AUGAUGCGGAUGGAGCCUGAAGAACUCCAGGAACGCGCGGAAGAAGGUGCUCGCCGGCAGCCCGAACCCGCGCUCGAAGUGCGUGAGGAAGACCACACGCUCCUGCCCCACGGGCCGAGGCCUCUGCUCGCCGCGCGGCAGGCGGACGCCGACGUCCGUCUCCCCCAGGAGGCACCGCAUCGCUCGGAGUUGGGUGAUGUCCUCGGAGUUGAGGUUCUAAACCCUAGUCUUCCGCUGCUGCCGCCGCCACCGCGCGCCUUCUCCGUGCCGCCACCGCCGCCGCCUCCCAUCCGCCACCGCCCGCGCGUGAACCGCGCCGGCCGCCGCUACCCUCCUGCGUGCGCGCUCCUCCAAGCCGCCACUAGCCCCGCCCGUCCGCUGCAACACUCGCCAGCCGCCGCUAGCCCCGCUCACCCGCUGCUACCCGACCCGCCGCUAGCCCCGCCCGCCCGCUGCUACGCGAUCCGCUCCGCUAGCCCCGCCCGCCCGCAUCGCCAAAGCCGCUUCGCCUACCACGCCGCCAGCCCCGCAUCGCCAAGCCGUUGCUGCCGCGCGUACCGCUCGCCCAGCCGCCGCGUAUCGCCCGGAGCCACUGCCAGUCCCAACCCGAGUCGUCUGAGCCGCCCCGUCCCGUCCUCGCUAUGUCGUCCAUCACCUCCUCCGCGUCCACCAACUCCAACCCGUUCGCCGACGCAGGCGGACUCCUUCUACUACACGUGGAAGACAUAUUUUUCCCUCGUGUUUUGGGAGUAUCACCUCAUCGACCACGUGGACGGCACCGUCGACUCCAGCCUCGUCCCCGAGUUCCAUGACUGGUCCAUCAUCGACACCACGAUCAUCCGCUGGUUCUUCCUCACCAUCUCGCCGGACCUCUUCCAGACGGCCGUGCAGGACGGUGACGAUGCCUGCGUCGUGUGGACCAAGCUGAACGGGCUCUUCACCGACAACCAGCUCCAGCGUCACGUUUUUUUGCAGCAAGAGUUUUUUGGGUGUCACCAGGACAACACCUCCGUCGACGACUAUUGUUGCCGCCUGAAGACUCUCGCUGAUGAGCUCCGCGAUAUUGGCGCGAAGAUCGAUGAUGACAUCCUCCUCAGCACGCUCACUGCUGGGCUCAAUGAGGACUUCGACAACGCCGCGGUGAACCUCAGCCUCAUCCCCAACCCGUCCUUGCCAGGUUCAUUGCGUACCUCCGCUUGGAGGAGCGGCGGAUGA